AUGGCCGACCAUCUGAUGCUCGCCGAGGGCUACUGCCUGAUGCAGAGGCCGCCGCCCGCCGCGCCCGCCCACGGCCCUCACUCACUCCGGACUCUGCAGCCGUACGCGGGUCCGGGCCUGGACAGCGGGCUGCGGCCCCGGGGGGCUCCACUUGGGCCGCCGCCUCCCCCACCUGGAGCCCUGGCGUACGGGGCCUUCGGGCCGCCGCCGGCCUUCCAGCCCUUCCCCGCCGGUCCUGCAGGUGCCGGCAGCGCGCACCUGCAACCCAUGGCAACGCUGUACCCGGGCCGCGCGCCCGCGCCCCCCGGCGGCCCGGGAGGCACCCUGGGCCUGCAUCCGGCGCCGGGAACCCCCGCCCCGCCACAGCCCGCGCACGCCCUAGGCAGCAUGGACGCGGAACUCAUCGACGAGGAAGCGCUGACAUCGCUGGAGCUCGAGCUCGGGUUGCACCGUGUGCUGGAAUUGCCUGAGCUCUUCCUGGGCCAGAGCGAGUUCGACUGCUUCUCGGACUUAGGAUCGGCGCCGCCCACGGGCUCUGUGAGCUGCUGA